AUGUCUCAUUCUUCCCGCGACUGGGGGCACAAGCGCACGGGGCACGUGCGCUCCACCUUCUUCAAGGACUGUCUCUACGACGUCUUCGAGGGCCUCGAGAGCAAGAUGGAGGAGACGGGCAAGUGCCUGCUGCACUCUGUGCUGCAGCUCAUGGAUCACGGCGCCCUGGUGCUCACCACCAACUUUGACAACCUCCUGGAGAUGUACGGCACGCAGCGCGGCAAGGCCCUCGAGUCUCUGGACCUGACCGACGAGAAGAUCGUUCUUGAGUGGUCACAAGAAAAGAGGCCAUUCAGCGUGCUGCACAUUCACGGUGUCUACACCAACCCCACCGGCAUUGCACUGCACCCGGCUGGCUACAAGAACAUCUUGCGCAACACGGAAGUAAUGAAUUCAAUCCAAACUUUGUACGAGACCAAGUCCUUCCUGUUCCUGGGGUGCGGCCGCACUCUGGAGGACCCCACAUUCCAAUCGCUGUUCCUGGAAGCGCUGCGCAACAAGUCGGACCUAGAACACUUCAUGCUAGUCUGCAGGGACAACCCGGAGAACUUCAAGAAGCUUCGUGAAAACAUGCUGGACAAAGACAUCAAAGUGAUCUCUUACGGCGAUGAUUACUGCUACUUGCCCGAAUACCUGGAGAGACUGGCCAAUGAGAUUUGCCAAAUAGGACGCAUCUGA